AUAUUUGAGAAAAAUGGAUCAGCGGUUGAAGUUUCGAUAGCAACAAUGAUCUGCGUCGGUGUUGUCAGUCUGCACAACUGUGGCAUCGGGGGUGGUCAUCUGGCUAUCAUUUAUGACACGAACGAGAGUAAAAAAGUUUUAACGACUUUAGUAGCAAGGGAGCGAGCUCCAAUCCAAGCCACAACCAACAUGUUCCAAAAUGCUUCCUCACUGAUCGGAGGACUAGCAAUAGCAGUUCCUGGUGAAAUCAUGGGAUUCUAUUCUGCUUGGGAAAGAUUUGGAAGAUUACAAUGGAGUGAACUGUUAGAGCCAACAAUAAAACUUCUAGAAAAUGAAUCCAUUAAAGUUGAAAAAGCUCUUGCUAAAGCUUUUUCGAAAGAUUACAGAAGCCAAUUUCUUAACAGUUCCAGUUUGAAGGCAGUCUACACAAAGAAUAAUGGAUCGAUGUUAGAACUGGGUGAUCCUCUUAUCGACAAGAAAUUAGUGAAAACUUUGCGAAACAUAUCAGCUGAUCCCAUGGGUUUUUACGAAGGAGCUCUAGCGAAAGAAAUUGUCAAAGAAAUACAAAGUGAAGGAGGAAUCAUAACAGAAGAUGAUUUGAGAAAUUAUAGCAUUGAAUGGAAGGAACCAACAGCCAUAAAAUUGCAAGGAACCAACUUAACACACCACAGCCUGAGACCUCCAUCCAGCGGGGUUGUACUGGGACUCAUAUUGAACAUCAUUGCGGGUAAUUUUAACGCCAAUAACAUAACCAGGACUUAUCACAGACUGGUUGAAGCGUUCAAAUUUUCUUUCGCUGGCAGAAGCAAGCUGGGCGACGAAAAUUUUGUGAAUGUGACACAGUUGAUAAAUAAAUUGUCCUCAACGCAAUUUGCUGAGAUUAUCAGAGCGAAAAUUGACGACAGCCAAACAUUCAACAACGCAACCUAUUACGGUGAUGUUUACAAUCAACUUGUAGACCAUGGAACAGCUCAUAUAAGUGUGUACGGACCUGAUGGCUCAGCCGUUGCCAUGACUUCAACUAUUAACACUGGGUUUGGCUCAACCGUCAAAGGUUCUCAGACCAGUAUUCUUUACAACAACGAGAUGGACAACUUUGUAAGCCCAUCCGUAAGCAACUCCGAUCCAGCUAACUACAUUGAACCCGGUAAAAUGCCAAUGUCCUCAAUGAGUCCCACUUUUAUCAUGGACUCCCAGCAACAUAUCCAUUUAAUUUCAGGAGCUUCUGGUGGAAUGAGGAUAAUAACAGCCGUUGCAGGGGUGGUGAUGAACAGUCUCUGGGCUAAUGAAACCUUGGAUCGAUCGGUCGAUCGAGCUCGAGUACAUCAUCAGCUUUCACCAAACACGCUAAUCUACGAAGACUGGCUUGAUCAGGUCUGA